CUCAGAUCUGUGUCAGGUGAAAUGGAUAGUUACUGGAGACUGAAAAACUUGGUGAAUGAUUUGCCAGUUAGUACUUCUUUAAGCCGACAAGGAUCAAUAUACUCAUGGACAGUAGAUCAGUUUCAGACCAGCUUAGGGAAAGAUUGUGGAUCAAUGAACAUGGAUGAGUUGGUUAAGAUGAUAUCUAGUGCUGAAGAAACACAAGAGGGAUCGCAGAGGCAAGUCUCAACAACUCUGCCUCGAACACUUAGCCAAAAAACUGUUAAUGAAGUUUGGAAAUAUAUCUUAGAGGAAGAACACACCAAAAACAAUGGAGGAGUAACAAACAUACCUAAUCUUCAGAGGCAACAAACCUUAGGGGAAAUCACUCUUGAAGAGUUUUUCAUCCGUGCUGGAGAAAGAGGAAAUAAUACCAAUGGUGGCUCCAUUCAUGACUCAUCAUCAUCGAUUUCCGGUAAUCCAAACACAAGUUUGGGUGUUCAUAUUCAGCCGAAAGCCAUGGUUUCUGAUUAUAUGAACAAUAUGGUUCCAAGGAGUCUUGAGUCUAAUUUACAUCAAAAUGUGAAUGGAUCUAUGUCAACAUAUCAACCACAACAAUCUAUCAUGUCUAUGCCUAAUGGUUAUUCUUACGGAAAACAAAUCCGAUUCUCGAAUGGUUUCAUGGGUAUUGACCAAAGACUCCAAGAAAAGAAGAUCAGAAGCUUGGUCCCAAGUGUUACGACAAUUCCUAGUGGAGCCAUAACAUGUUCACCGGUUACUCCAUUUCCAACAUUAAAUGGGAUACAAAAAAUCGAUGGUGAGUCUUCAUUACUGUCACGAUCUCCAUACAUUAGUAAUGGUAGUACUAGUACAAGGUGUGGGAAGAUUCAUAAUGACAUCACCGCAGAGAAACAAUUCGUUGACAAAAAGCAAAGGAGAAAGAUAAAGAACCGAGAAUCCGCAGCGAGAUCACGGGCUCGGAAGCAAGCUCAAACUAUGGAGCUUGAAGUUGAACAUGAAAACUUAAAGAAAGCAUAUGAAGAGCUACUAAAACAACAUGUAGAGAUGCGGAAAAGGCAAAUCGAACCGGGGAUGAUUAACCUUCAAGGAGGACCAGAGCGAAAGCUGAGGAGAACGAAAUCAGACAUCAAGUGAAUCAAUGAAACCGGAGUUGGAGGAUAAUAAGUUUAUUUUGUUCAUCAUGUUUUGUUUUUGUAUAUUUUUGACCAAAUAAGCUAUUUUAUUAGUC